AUGUCGUUCAGUAAUGGGAAUCUGGAGAAGGUGAAUCUGAACAAUGAAGAGCUGCAGAAGCUACUCAACAAAAUGUCCAGUGAUGAACGAAAGGAACUCACCGAUACAUUGAGAGCUUGUACUACAGAGGUUACAAUGACCCGUGGACUUCCAAUCACUGCCGCUGUGCUUGGCUCACUGUAUUUCGCUCGAACUCGUCUGCCUCCUCAAUAUCAUUUCGGACCCAAAGGAUGGCCAUUCUAUGCCAUAAUGGGAAUAGGAACGCUUACUACUGUCAACGUUUUUGCCAUGGGACAGUGCCGUGAUCGUAUACAACCUUUUAUUGCUAAAAUGUGGCAAAAGUACAAUAUCGGCCACUCUUCAACCAGUUACGAAGAUAUUCGCCGUCGUCACAGGCAGGAAUCUGGAUUUACCACUCCUGAUAUUUCGGCUGGUGGAAUUCAACCACGAAAAUUCGAAGACUAUUCUGCGACAGAUCGAUCCUACAAGGAUCCAUAUGCUUCAACAGAUCGCUCUUAUAACGAUCCAUAUGCUAUGAGUGGAGGAAAAGUACCGUCUUUCGGCGAAAUGACAACAGACUACUCGAAAAUGGAACCAUCAUUUGACAUGUCCUCACCUAGUGCUUCAUCUGGCCAACAAUCAAAACCAAUGCCUCCACCGGACUAUAUGUUCACUGAUGCUCCUUCAUAUAUGUCUGGUACACCCACUACCUCUCGAACCUCAGAGUUCUCAUCCGAAUUCUCUCGAUAA